UUGUUUUUUGUCUGUGGUACGUGGUAUCAAAAGUUUUCGAAAGCAUUAUUUUUAUUUUCUUAUUGUUGAUUAAUGAUUUGAGUUAAUUUAAAAUAGUGAGUGAUAGGCUAUUAUUGUUUUGUAGGAAUGUGCGACACCCAUGUUCUUCCUCAAUGUACUGAAUGGUGCUGAACGUCGAGAGACGUGAGAGGCAAGAUGACUGAUCAGCCGGAUCUAUUAUUUUUCGAUACAUUCUCACACGAUACUAGCGAGGAGCUAAACUUAGAUUUGGUUCAAUUUCCCAAAUCAGUAUAUGUGCGGGAGAUACGCAUCAUCCCGCUCGGCGCUCGUGUGGAGGGGGACUUCCCUGGAGGAGUAAGGCUCGGGGCAACAAACCCUACAAAGUUUCACAUAGACUUCUUUGUGAAUGACUUGAGCAAGCCGGGAGCAUCAACUUUCGAAGCACUAGGCAGUAUUGACUAUUGCCAGAAUGGGCAGAUUCACAUGGAGUGCUUGUCUGGCGUGGACCAGCCUAGGAUACCCACUGAUGGGCUUGUUCUUAGGGGAUGGUAUACUACAAUUACAUUGGCAGUAUAUGGUAAUUUAACCCAAGUGUUACCAGACGCUCCAAUAGCUGCAAACCCACCACCGAACAUCCAGAGACCUAUAACCAGAGAAGUUAGCGCUCUUCCGCCCAACAUACCACAGUCAUCGGACUGGAACCCAGAGCCUUCCAACCCCAUCCCAGCAUACACUGGUAAUGUCACAGUUAGCAACCCAGAAGCAUAUGGAAGUAACUACCCAGAAAAUUAUGACAACCAACCUAUGUACAGAAAUGAAUACUAUGAUAAUGAUCCUCCAAAAGAUCCCAGAACAUAUCACCAUGUGGAAGAGAAUGAAUGGGAAAAAGGAAGAGAUAUUAGUUGCGAAAGAGAAGGAGACAGGCUUAGGCACAGCCCUAGACCGAUAGAAGCAGACCGAGAUAGAGAACGACGCGAAGGGAGAAGUCGUAGACGUUCUAUGGAUAGAGGUCGAAGUCGUGAAUCAUCUAGACUUCGCGAUAGAAGUAGGGAAUUGGAUAGACUACAUUCGAGAUCAAGAAGUCGUGAUAGAGGAGAAUUUGUCGUUAAAGGAGAAUAUAGACCGUUGAGCCGUUCGCGUUCUAGAAGCAUUGACCGCGAAUGGGAUAGAGGAUCAUAUAAAAAAGAUGACUAUCGUCGCACUAGAGAUGCCUCCUACGACAGAUCUCGCGGUGGAUCGUACGAGCCACGUUCUCCGUACGACAAAAGGCCACCGUCUUACGAACGAAAGCUUCCUUACGACAAAUGUGCUCCGUAUGAGAAGAGAUUAUCACCUUUCGAUAAACGAGGUUCAUCUUACGAACGUCGUGCGCCGUCGUACGACAAACAGACGUCGUUCGACAGAAAGAGACACUCUCCAUAUAAUCGCAUGAGAGAUUCUAGUUACGGUAGUCGAUCGCCCAGCCGUGAUGAUCCAAGAAAACGACCUAGAACUCCUCCUGGAGAAAGACGACCUAUGUCGCCCAGGGAAGGUGAAUCGAGUCCUAUAAAUUCGGUUCGGUCAGAAGAGGGCCCUGAAUUCGAUAGAAGUGGUAAGCAAAUACCGCGCAUAGAUUUUUACCAUCAAAGCUACAGGCAUAAGAGCUCAAUAAGAAGUCCUUCUCAGGAAGUCGACACUGCUUAUGUCGAUCCUCAGCAUCCUACUCUGGUGACUGUGCCAAUUGUCGACACGACACCACCCAAAAUUAUCGAGUCACCAAACCGUAUGGAUGACGAUAGAUCGAUGGAUGCUGAACCAUUUGAGCCAAUAUUAUCUGAUGAAGAUAUCUGUGACGAUCUCGACGGAAAUUCGUACAUGGAAGCCGAAUAUGAUAUACAUGAAUAUUGUGGAGCAGAUGAAAUUAUCAAAUAUUAUAAUCCUUUUAAAGCUGAGUGGAAGAAGUAUCAGCAUGUUAACAAAAUAACUAGCCUUGCUGAUGGUAAAAAUGAGGAUAUCAAAGAUGUAAUGAGCGCCAGUUUCGAUGAGCUAUGCAAUGCUUGUAUAGAUUUAUCAAAAAUAUAUGAAAUGACUGUUGCAGCCAAACGAAGAGAACAGAAGUUUUUCUCAAAUACAUUUUUAGAGAUCGACAAUUCUUCCAGAGAAGAUUGGGUACUACAAUGUGAACAACUAUUUGUUUCUCUGACGAGUCUAUGCAAAAACACCGAUAUAAUAUUGAGAAUAUUUAGAACAUACAGCAGAAUGGAAUCUCCUGACGAGUUUACUGAUAUCUAUAAUUUGCUUGUAACUUUUUGCAGGAUUGGUUUGAAUUACGAAUUUGCGUUAGCCCAACUACAACCAACAUAUAAAAUAAGGCACAUGAAAUGUGGUAUUCGUCUCGCCGAAGCGUUAAUGUCACAUCGAUAUUGCGGCCACGUUAUGAAACUAUUGCUGAAUAAUGGAAUAAACAUGACAAUGCAACUUAUCGAGAUGUAUUCCAAGGAAUACAUGGCAUUGAGUAUACGCUUGAUAAUCUUAAAAGCUCUGAACGCUUGUUUGUCAUCGAAGGAGGCGAUCGAUCAUUUCAUGCAAGAUGCAAUAUAUCCGAAAUUUGAUAAAAAAGACACGGAUAGUUCUAGAAGGCCCGUGAACGGUUACCAGGCUCUUAUAGCCAUGAUGCAGGCGAAUCCCUUAGGAAGAGUUAAGUUUUCACUGAGCGCUCUUCUUAAAAAGUUAAACAUCUAUGAAGUGUUGGGGAAGUUACACGAUUUAGUGUUGAAAUUUAAUAAUAACGCGGCAGAAAACAAUCGCCCGGAGGAUAGCGAAUUAUCUGAAAGCGAAAUAUACUUUAUCGUCGAAUCUUUCGAGGAAAUUCUUUAUAUGUAUCGGUCUCAAUGCUUUCAUAUUUCUCAACCGAAAAAAUUCCUGCCUGCGUCGGCGCAGUUUGAAAUUAACAAAGAAUGCUCCAAUGAAAUACUAUUGCAAUUUUUUGAAAUCCAUAAAAUUCUGGAAGUGUGUCUGUACUUGUUGACUUGUCCGACGACUUGCAACAACUUAGUCGUCACCAGUCCGAUCCAUGAUCUUAUAUUUGAAUUAAUCAACUCUGAAAACGGAUUAAAGUUUCUAUACAAAAAUAUGGAGAAGUGCGAGUUGAUAUUUAAGGUUUUAGAAUAUCCCUACGGACAACAAAAUUCUGAGGAAGUUCCAUAUCCACACGACAGCAGCAUCAGUAACUACAGCGAUUCACAAAUUACGGGUCUCGAACUAGCGUAUCGAUUGAAAGCUAUGUACUACUUGAAAUCUAUAAGCGAUCUACAGGCGGGAAAAGUGGACGAAAAUGAACUGAUUGACAGAUUGCAGGCUUUAUACACUCUCAGUUUUGGCAGUAUUGGAAAAACUGCAGUACCAAACGUUAUCGUUCUGGGGGAUAACCCAGAAUGUCUCAUGAAGGUUUUCGAAAACGAUUUAAAAAUAAAAGGAAAGAAUGAUUCACCUUCUAAGCAGAAAUCCCCAGCUAAAGGAUACGCCAUAGAGCUAAUCGUCUCCGCCGUCAGAUACGCAGCUAAUGUUCCAUUUUUAAAGAAAUACGGCCAAAGAUUGAUAAACGUUUCAAAAGAUCACGACAGAUUCGAGCCGAGCGUGUCGAGUGUUCUGCAAGAAAUGAUACCAUAUUUGAAACCUAUCGAAAAGCCUAACGUCCUAUCGGGCGAAGAUUUGGUGGAAUGUAUCGAGAUACUCAAAGCUAGUCUAGAACAUUCUGCGGACUUGCCCGGCGAGCUGAUGACGUGCCUGAGGAUACUGCGUCAUUUCUGCAUUUCUGAUUACGAGAAAAACGUUGCAAUCGUCUGCGAGUCACCGAUCGAAGAUUACGUGGAAUUAAAAUACAAGUACAACGUUCUGCAACUGUUCUCUUUGGACGGCGUGGCCCACAUAUCUGGAAUACUAGAUCUGUUGGCCAUACAUUUCGAUCAACCGAGUAUGCACACAUCUUUCUUCGCGUCAAUCAGAGGACUGCAGCUGGCUCAAAUGUUGCUACCUUGCUUAAAUUUACUAGAUGACAUGGUAGCGAGAGUCGUCCGCUGUAGAGGGCCUCGUUUCCGUGAUUUGACCGCAGCUCCGAUAAUAUUGAAGACGUACGGAAUCGCAAAAGCAUUUCCGGUAGGUUCGAUCGGAUACAGGACGGCCGCGAAGACUGCCGAAGCUGCAGUGAGAGCGCUUUUGUCCUACGCUCAACCUAUAGCGGACGACGCCAAAGACGGGGAUUCGAUCCGUCGAGGUCCGUGGACGUCUCUGUGUUCGGAAGUGAUUUCCUACACAAUGACCGCUCCGUACACGUUCGUCCCCGGGUUGUUGGUAUUUUCCGAACUGCUGCCCCUGCCUCUGCCGAUGCAAACGAAAGCGGCUCCCUCCGACCGAGAGCUGGCCGACGCGGCGAACGAGCGGCGCAUGUGGUCCGCGCAUCUGCACGCCUUGUCCAACGAUUUGACGGACAUGAUUCAGAUCAUAUGCAUGUCGACGUACCGGCCCGUGGUUCACAUGCUGCGCCGAGUCUGCGUCCAGAUAGCCGACCUGGCUCCCAACACGGCCGCCACGGUCGCCAAGGCGGCCGUCGGAGCGGUGAUGCGCGAACAGAAAGAGGGCGAACCGGCUAGCGCGAGUUUGGCCAGGGUGUUGGGAUUUUUAGCGUGUCUAGUCUCGCACGCUCCCGUCAAGUGUGCAGUUUUACAAUCCGUGAGUGCGGGGGGACCUAAAUCGAACGAAGUUCAAACGACUCUGUGCAACAUCUUGUCUCUGGCCAACGCGUCGAGCGAUCACGUCACCGCUCAGGAGUACGCCUCCCACGCUUUGGCGGCGUUCUGCGACGCUGAAAUCACGUUGACGCCGUUGAGUUCCGCUACGGACGUCAUCUUGGGGAACUCUUUGCCCAGCAAAGAAGCUUUGGCCGCCUUCUUGGACGCUUCCGCGGCUUGCCUCGAGUCGUCGACUAAAACUUGCGCAGUGGCCGUGUCCGUUCUGAGGGCGUAUUUCGUAUUGACGGAACACGAGUAUGGUUUUCAACAGUUUCGAAAGUAUGUGACGCGGAAACGGGAAAGUUUGGGAAAAUAUUUCAAAUGGGCCGUGGAAGGUUCCGGAGAGGAGAGAGCGGAGUGUUUGACCGUGUACAUCGAUCUGAUAAAGAUUUUAAAAGUCGACGUGGGCGAAGGAACGUUGGGCAGGAAGAGCGUCCUGUCUCUGAACGAAAUGGCGGACAUGGUCGGGUACAGCAUUUCUGACGAAGAUCAUCCCGUUAUGUCUUUGGAAAAAUUUUUGAAGGAAAGAAAUUCUGACGAGGAAGUCCUGGUCAACGCGAAUUUCCUCAUGAGCCACCUGCAGAAGCUGAAGAGUUCGGAGGAGGCGGCCCCCGCCGAGGCGCCGGAGCCCGCGCCGCCGCCGCCCGAGCCGCUGGUGGCGCAGUUCGGCGCGCGCCAGAUCUACUGCAUCGGGGAGGCGAGCGACGAGCGCCUCACCACCGGCUACUGGCUCAACGUGCCCGCCGCCAGCGGGGACGACGACGGCAACGACCACGAGCUGGGGUCGUGCGACAUCAUGGAGCUAGCCAGCGCGCACCUGUCGGGCGGCGCCGAGUGCCUGGCGGCGGCCGUCCGGCGCCUGGCGGGCUGCCUGGACGCGCGCCCCGAGGCCAUGCCCUGCGACGACAAGCGCCCUGCCGUGGCGGCGCUGACCCGCGUGCGCGCGGAGUGCGGCGACGCGUUCCGCUCGCGCCCGCCCAACACGUCGCGCCCGCCCUCGCUGCACGUGGACGACUUCACCGCCCUGCACCAGCCCUACUCGCUGCCCGUCAGCCGAGGCGUGCGGCGCGGCGCGGGCGCGGAGCGGGGCCGCUUCGGCGCACCGCACGCGCACUACCGACACCUCCGUGGUCGCGGCGCGUGGGAGGGCGCACAGCACUUCGGACACUUUGCGCCCGCGCACUACGUCAGUGCGGGCAUGGGGUGGGGCGGCGGGCGCAUGCAGCGCGGCCCGCGACACCGCUCCUUCAUGCGGUAGGCUGGCGGGCUCACGACGCAACGACUAACGCACAAGCGGUUCAUUGACACUCAUAGACGGAGAGCCGGCGACAGCCAGACCAUCGUCAUAUUAUAAAAGCUGAAUGUCAACUCAAAUAUGAGUACCGUAACCAACCAUGUAGUUUGGACCGUGGUGGCUUUAGGAGUUAGCAGGUUUUAAGGGUCCAGACUUCAAACGUCUAAGUAUGAAGAGUUGUCAUGAAGCUAAGUGAUUGGCGACUGGGAAUAUAAUGUCUCAUAUAUGUGAGACGUUGACAUAGACGGCAGGGGCACCCCCAGGGGAUCGUUCACCCGAUGAGUGUCGAAUUCUUCAACUCAACGGAUGAACGAUCCCCUGGGGGCGUCCCAACGUCUGUGAAUUCCACUAAAAAGAGCAUUACAAUAUGUAUUCUUGAUUUUUUUAUGAAUGCCCAAAGAUCCGGGGCUUGUAAGGAAGAAAGAGUAUGAUUAUAAUAGAAAUAACCUGAAAUGCUUGUUAAAAUUCAGUAAAUAAAAUAUAUUUAAUAAAA